AUGUGUGACGGUAUCAAUGACGAUGUCACCCUCCUGUUCUAUGAGAAUGUCGAUGUCGUUGACUACGAAGAAACUCGCAAGCUUUUCAUGGCCUGGACGGGUUGUCGAGACAAGCGGGGCUUGACCAUUUGCCUUUUCGAUAUGAAAUACCUUACUUCCAAUCUGGGAAGUUUCAAGAAGUCCUGCGAUUUCUCAUCGAUUGCACAACCAACACCGACAGGAUUGCCUUCUGCGGUGACCCUCCGCGCAGUCGCCGUGUUUGAAGGCAUGGUCAGAUUUGUGUGGCCUCUUUGCUCUCGAAUCCGCAAGAGACCGAAUCGUGUAAUCGUCACUGGUGCUCCGUCAUACCUCCCAAGGCUCUGGAUAUGGGCCAAAGACUGGAUCGAUCCUCUCACAGCUUCCAAACUCAUGAUGCCGACGGAAGAUGAAGUGUUGCCAAUAUUGGCAACGUACAUUGACGCUGCCAACAUCCCUAAAAAGUACGAAGGAGAAUAUGGCUUCGAGCAUGGCAGGCAGCCAGAUUUAGACCCGGCAAUCGAUGAGAUUAUAGACUGGCUGGCGCCAUGUAGCAGCUCUUUCCCUGCAGGAUCGAUGAAGCUGGUCUUCUCUUCCAUUGGAAUGAGGCUAGCGGCGGCGGCGGGCAGCAUCGACGGUACUCAGAGGACUCUCCUGGCGGGAAUCGUGCAUCCAGACAGGUUGGUGACCACGCAAUCAGAUGAUGCAGCUGGUGGUGCUAACAAAAUGUAA